AUGCAAAUGCAAAUUAGUGAAUGUUCAAUUAAAGGCCCAAUUCAAAAGAGCUGCGAAUCAAACUGCACCAAAACUUGGACUGCCUAUGAAAAUUGUUCAGGUCGUGUUGAAAAAUUAGUUGAUGACGAAAAAGCCAACUGUUUAGGUCAAUUUUUAGAACAUAUCCAAUGUAUAGAUAAAUGUGUUGCACCAAAAUUAUUCGCUCAAUUAAAAUAA